AUGGCAAAUUCAUGGUGUGAAUGCAACCGCGCUUUCCAUCUCUGUCCUCAAGCGGUUGAUAUUUCAUUCAUCCCCACCGCCGUAAGACAACCAACCCAUCUCUGGAAAAUCAUGGCGGGCCCUCGAAGUAGUAUACGUAAACCAGCCUCUGCGCCUACAGGCGGACGGACGACUAGGAGAAGUAAGGCAUCACAGGAAGAUGCAGAAGUGCCGGAAGUUUUUCAGGGUAUGCUCUCUGAGGCGACGGCUUCGAAAGCCGCGGGGUCCGACGAGGACAGCAAGCCGCUGAAGAAACGAAAGACGGCACGAUCGAUGCGUAACAAUGAAUCAAAUCCUUCUCUUGAGGCUCUUACAGCCCCCCUAUCCCUAAACCCCGAAACAGAGUCCCAACGUCCCCUCUCGAAAGCAGCUGCGCCCGACGACGAUGCCGACGACGAAACUCACCACAUGCUUCAAACAAUAACGGAAUCUGAAGAGUCGGAUGGAAGUGACAUGGAAUGGGAGGAUGCGCUGGCCCCAGGUGACGAGGAAGAGGGCUUAGAUGUUGACGGGGACGCUUUGCCUGAGGUGGGUGACAUCUCUAUCACAAUUGGAGGCGAUAAAGGUGAGGGAAAGAGGCCAAAGCGGGCCCGGCGACGCGGAAUAACGUCUGUCGACAAGAAACGGAGACUUGAAAUUCAUAAAAUGCACAUUCUCUGUCUUUUAUACCAUGUCCAUCGGAGAAACACUUGGUGUAACGAUGGGAAAGUGCAAGCUAUUAUGCGGAGAAUGCCCUCACCAAAGACGCUCUCAAAUCUUGUCCUCAAUCCUGAGCUCUCACAAUCACAAGCGUCCAAGCGCUUUUUGGAUGGCAUGCACGAGUUGAAACUGUUGUGGUCGAAUCGGUUUUCGGUGACCGCGAUUGGGAUGCAUAAGCCGCGAUGGGUCGAUGCCGACGUAGAAACCCAAUCCUUUUCCCUAUUCAACGAACUCGAUGAUCCCAUGGAUAGACAAGAUUUUCGCAGAGCUGCGACAACACUUCAAGGCUCCCAAGACGUUGGUGCGCAGCUAUUCUGUGCUCUCCUCCGCGGAAUCGGUGUUGAAGCUAGGCUCGUGUGUUCGCUCCAGUGCCUACCCUUCGCAUCUGCAGCACAAGUUUCCACACCUCCGAAGCCGAGCUCUCAAACGAAGGUAAUGAUUUUAAAUCCAUAUAACAAAGAGGAAGCGCCAAGCCCAUCAAAAAGCGCUCUCACGGCAAAUCCAAAGGCAUCUACACCAGCUCGACCCAAACGACUAUCACGACUUGAACGCGCUUUGGGAGAACGAAGCGCUGCAUAUAACUCAGGCGUUGCUCCUAAACAAAAGAAGAAAUAUCACACUGCCUACCCCGUCUAUUGGGUUGAAGCAUUCAACCCUGUGGUACAGAAAUGGAUCCCAAUUGACCCGCUGUCAACCUUCACAGUGGACAAACCAGAGAAGCUCGAGCCUCCACUGAGCUACUCACAAAACAGUCUCGUGUACGCCAUAGCGUUUGAAGACGACUCCACCGCCAAAGAUGUUACCCGUCGGUACGCAAAGGCCUACAAUGCGAAGACCCGAAAGUUCAGAGUCGAAUGCACCGAAGGUGGUGCGAAGUGGUGGAAACGGGCGCUCAAACUCUUCAGGCGUGCAGUGCUGCUUGACAGAGAUCAAGUCGAGGACGCGGCAUUGGCACGUAAGGAGGCUGCGGAAGGCAUGCCUAAGAAUGUUCAAGACUUUAAAAACCAUCCGGUUUACGUGCUUGAACGGCAUGUAAAGCAAAACGAGGUAAUUCACCCCAUGAACCAGGUUGGCAAAGUCAACGUUGGGAGCUCAAUGAAUCCGAAAAUGGAACCAAUAUAUCGACGGAGAGAUGUCCAUAUCGUCAGGAGUGCUGACAGAUGGUAUCGUCUUGGGCGAGACGUGAAGGGUGGGGAGCAACCGCUGAAACAUGCUAAAUUAAAUAAAGGGUCCCGUCUCUCAAUGACGCCAGGGAUGGAGAUAGAUGACAGCCAAGAGGAGGUAGGAGCGGGACUCUACGCAGCCUUUCAGACCGAAUUAUAUGUUCCUCCUCCAGUCGUUCGUGGUCGCGUUCCUCGCAACGGUUUCGGCAAUUUAGAUCUUUACGUUCCAUCCAUGGUUCCGAAAGGCGGCGUCCAUAUUCGUCACCAGCAUGCAUCUAAAGCCGCGCGGAUCAUUGGCGUUGAUUACGCCGAUGCAGUCACCGGAUUCUCUUUCAAAGGUCGUCAUGGCACGGCUGUUGUUCAGGGCGUGGUUGUUGCUCAAGAAUACGCUGAGGCGGUAGAAACCGUCCUUCAUGGCAUGGAGUAUGCACAAGAACAAUCUAAGGCUGCCCAGCGAAGUGUAGAAGCCCUAAGGUUGUGGAGAAGAUUCUGCCUUGGUCUACGUAUCGCACAAAGAGUCAACGCAAUCGAGAUAGAUGGCGAGAAGGGCAAUGUGAUGAAUGUUCAGGAAGAGAUUGAGAAGGUAGACAGAGAACUUGCUGCAGCUCAGUUAGCAGGCGGUUUCUUUCCCGAGGGCGGUGACGCUGGAGAGGUAUCGGCCCCUUCUUCAAGACUGUUCAAAGGCUCAUCUCAUAAUGAUCACUUCGGGGGCGGGUUCGUGCCAAGUGAUGAUGACGAAGAUGACGGGUUUAUACUAGAUGGAUCAAAUGGAGACGACGGACUCGGUCAUGAAGAACAAACGACCUUCGGCAGCGCUCUUCUUGCACAACAGCAUAUCCGCCCUCAAAAAUCCGAUGACUUCGGUGGCGGAUUCAUGCAGGACGACUAUGAAGAAGAUGGGGGUUUUGUUUGCGAGGCGUUUGCAACAGCCGGCCCCUCAAAUUUAAGAAGCGAGAAACUAGAAGGUAGCUUCAUACAGACCGACGGAGCAGCAGAGGGUAGUGGAAGGGACUUCAUCCGAUCGCGCGACCAAGAACCUAGAAAGAAUACUGGUGAGAUCACUGCAUUAGCGCGUGAUCACGAGAUGGCUCAGCCCCUUCAUGAAGAACCAACAACAAAGCCUUCUUCACAGCUGAAUAGCCCCGAAGAGACUAUCACUAGCAAUCAAGUUCCAGGUGGUGACCAGAAAGAGAUAUACCUUUCAGUCUCGUCACCUUCAGAUGGUGGAUCACUACCUCUAGAAGAUCCAGAGGACGAAGACGCGGAUCCGGAGUGGCUAUAUCUUCCAGUUCUCGCUACUUCUCGUGCCACGGCCUUAGCUUCCAUUCACUUCCUCCUUGACAUAUUCUUACCCCUUCACAAUCUCUCUCGUCCUUCCACCUAUAAUUCCAAACUAGGGCCGCUUCACGAAGUACCCUCUCCCAACCUCAACUACAGCCCACCCUUUAACCUCAACUUUGCUUUCGAUCCAGCUCCAAUACCCCUUCCUUCAACAUGCCCGCCGAGUCCAAGACCCUUGAAGUCCACUGGCCAUCCCGCAACGAUCGUCAAUCUCUAUGGGAAAGAAAUCUGGCCUUCGUUCAGUGAUAUCAAGGAUGGCCAGGUUGUAGUUGCGCGCGUCGGAGAUGGUAUCAAUCUUGAUGUGCCUGCUCAACAAGGUCACUCUGGUGGUCAAGGCCAAAGAUAUGACGCAAUCAUCAGAGCUCCUCCUGAGGCCCCCACUGCAGAGGAGAAGAAGAAACAGAAGAAAGCGCGCGAUCGUGCUCGAUACCGCGCCAACAAGAAGGCGAAAGCACAGGCAAGUGCAACUGAGAAGGAAACUCUCGUAUGCAAAGACCGCGUCGCUGCACGAGCUGCAGUGCAGGAGCUAGCUCAGAGCAACGGACCCAUGUUAUAA